GGACUUUCCGGAAUCCAGAGCAACUGCAUCAACAAAGAGCCCUGGGUAGAAUCCCGUCCCUCUCAGAAGCUGCUGCCGCCGCCGCCUCGGGAUGCAGAGAGGAGGGGGCUGCUACUGACCCUCUGCAACGUACCUGUCGGGGUUGGUGUGAGGUCCAACUCUACACGGCUUUUGGCUUUUCUCACUCCAUCUCUACAUGCUCUGACCUCAAUAAGUAAAAGAAGUGAGCAUAAGAAACAUCUACAUUUUCUACUGUAGUGAACUGUCACACACAACCAACCAUGCCUGGAGAAGGAAAAACUGACAUGGAGAGGAUUGGCCUCUUCAGUGAAAUGGAGUAUGUUACCAUUGGAGAUAAAUAUGUCUCACACUAUAUGCGCCCUUUCAAUGAAGCUGCAAGCAAGAACAAACAAAUGUUACCUGGGGGUACCAAAAUGCUGUCAGCUCUUCAGGCAGGUUACUUUGAGCCUCAGUUUGUGAGGGUUUUCGAAGGUGAAGCCUACUCAAACCCUGUGCAACUAAGGAGGCGAUAUAGAUUGGCAGAGUCAAAGAAAAAUAUGGGCAAAGCUUUCCUUCCAAGCAAUGGAGUCAAACUGCCAUGCGGAAUGGGUACUUAUUAUGGAACUAUAGGUGGUCCAUAUCCAUUCUUCAGUGCACAACUAAGAGGGAAAACAGCAUAUGCUCCUCCUGGAAAGAACCUUUACACAAAUCCUGGAAAGAAAGGAACUGGAUAUGGAUAUCCAAAUCUUACCAUAGGUAAACAGUAUCCACACUCAAGUGAUGUGUAUGAAAUCGGAAAAAUGAAUGCAAAGAAGGUGCAUGAAGACCAUCUGCGUUUGGUUAAAGGAGGGCCUUUCAAGUUAAAUCUCUAUCCUCGGGAGUAUUUUGACAUAAAUCCAUAUUAUGAUGAUAAACCUUUGGCACCAGCUAAGAAACCAACCCCAGAAAAGCCAGUUGCACACCCCUUUAAACCAAGUUCUCCUGCUAAAAAGUCAGGGGGCAUGAAAGCAGGAACAUUUGAUCCUUAUCCUUCCCAUUCUGCUGAGCCCUAUGUGGUUAAAUAUUCUAAGCCCAUCACAACUAAUAAAGAAGGACGGAUUUUUCAUCCUCCUACUGGAUCAAAAAGCAGGCCCUCUACAAGUAUAAUGGCUUUAAAUGUUACAAGAUCACUAAAUGUAAUGAACUACAAGACUACACACUUGAUAUCAUAUUAGCUUUGAACAGUGGAAUAAAGAAUACACUUCUUGGAUUUUGUAAACUGUAACAAUUCAAUGAUUAAAGGGCAUUUGAAGUAAAUAAAAGUUUUGUGGAAGAUAGAAUUCAGUCAAAUAAGGCAAACCCAGAUUUUAAUUGUAUCCUAUUUGAGACUAUAUUUUAUAAAUAUGUAAACAAAAUAAAUACAUAAAUUAUGUACAAAUCAUAUAUGUUUAAAGUGUGAAAUUAAACUAUAUUAAUACAAA